CACAAUGUAAGUUUAAUGUCUAGUAUGAAAUAUACAGAUUUGCUGACGAGCAAUUGCCGAUUACCACGCAACGCACGGAAUGAAGUAUUUCGAUUUAAAUGAGACACAGACUGUCAGCAAUAGUUUCUAAAGGAAUAUUUAGAUAGACUGAUCUUAUAAUUAGAUGGUUUGGAAUGGUUUGGAAUUGACUAACACACAGUUAUACGCACUUGCAACAGAUAAUAAAUCAUGGACGAUGGCAGCACCGGAACACCAAUUCCCUUCAAAGUGACAGAUGACAUCAAUACAAAACCUUUUAUGCUUAUAUAUCAUACAUUUGAGGAUUUCAUGAAACAAUGCAGAGAAAGAUUUGUUAUAUCCACUGAAGAAGAGAUUACACUAGAAUCAGCUGAUGACGAGUGUCUAGUUGACAAAGAUUCAAUCCCGUAUUUAGAUCGGAAGUCUUUACUGAUUUUGCAUACCACAAAGAAAUCAAAGACAAAUGCAGGCUACAAAGCAGACUGGAUCGAAAACACUGGUGAAUCACACACGUUAAGAAAAAGUGACUUGUCUUGCAGCAGAACAAUUCCUUCGUCGGAGGAUUUAGACGACAUAACAAAUAAGGUAAAACAUAAUCAAAGGACAUAUCUAGGUCAUACACGUUCGAGAUCCCAUGGGUAAAUUAAAGUAAAACAAAAACAGAAGCCAAUUUCAGGUCAGGACAUAAGCCACAGAUUCGUUUAAUCUACCGUGAAUUCUACCAUGAACAAUUAUUAUAUUAAUUAAAGUGAGACUCUCAAACUUAA